AUGAGCUUCCAGGAGACCAGCCUGGGCCCCAACAAGGGGAGGCUGGGCGCAUCCCAGGCCCUGCUGGACCAGGAGGAAGCAGAAGACCAGCAGCUACUGGAGCCAGAGGCCUGGAGGACGUACAUGCAGCGACGCAGUGCAUUGCGUGAGUUCCUGGCCUCAGAACUGAGCGUGCACCUGCUCAAGCGCCACCAUGCCCGCUUGCAGCUACUGCGCAAGUGCUCCUACCACAUCGAGGUCUUGCCCAAGCACCUGGCCCUGGGUGACCAGAACCCGCUGGUGCUGCCCAGUGCCCUGUUCCAGCUCAUCGACCCCUGCAAGUUCCAGCGCAUGAAGAAGGUGGGCACGGCGCAGGCCAAGAUCCAGCUGCUGCUGCUGGCUGACCUGUUGGAGCAGCUGGACAGUGGCCGUGCAGAGCUGGAUGCCCUACUGGAGUCACCCAACCCACGGCCCUUCCUGGCUGGCUGGGAGCCAGUGACACGGCGGCUGGCAGACCUGUCGGCCAUCAUGGACAGCUUCCUGGUCAUGAUGGUGCCCGGGCGCCUGCACAUCAAGCACCGUCUGGUGUCUGAUGUUGGUGCCACCAAGGUACCACACAUACGGCUCAUGCUGAGCACCAAGAUGCCCGUCGUGUUCGACCGGAAGGAGUCGGUGGCCCACGAGGACUGGGCCAGCCUGCGCUGGUUUGUCACUGUUCAGCCAGCGGCACCUGAGCAGUUUGAGCUGCGCUUCAGGCUGCUGGACCCACGGACACAGCAGGAGAGCACCCAGUGCGGCGUGGUCCCUGUGGCCGCUUGUGCCUUCAUUGUCCGAAGCCUGCUGCCCAAUCGCUCCUACAAGUUUACCAUCAAGAGGGCCGAGAGCUACACGCUGGUGUAUGAGCCCUGGCGGGACAGCCUCACCCUACAGACCAAGCUGGGACUGCCCUCAGGGCUGCCCCCUGCCAGCAGUAGCCCAGUCUGCCCUUGACCGCACCUCUGAGAGAUGAUUUUCUAAUAUUUACCCGCAAAUAAAGAGGAGUAUAAACGUGCAUACAGAACUA